AUGGAUACCCACACCAGAAGGACACGAGAGCGAUGGAUAAUGGAUAUGCAGCUCACAUUAGCAAUACUUCUGUUUGUUACGUCGCCAGUCAGUACAGCAGAACCUGCAGAUCUCCUCAAGAUUUUAGACUUUCACAGUUUACCAGACGGAGUGACAAAAACCACAGGAUUCUGCAUACACAGGAAGGCAUCGGCAGGACCUGACAUGGCCUACAGAGUUUCCAAAGAGGCACAGCUGAGCACACCCACGAAACAGUUAUACCCAGAGUUCCCCAAGGACUUUUCCAUCCUGGCCACAGUGAGGCCUAAGAAAGGCAUGCAGGCCUUCCUGCUGUCCGUCUACAGUGAGCAGGGGAUCCAGCAGCUGGGUGUGGAGCUCGGCCGCUCCCCCAUCUUCCUGUACGAGGACCAUGCAGGCAAACCCAGCCCUGAGGACUACCCCUUCUUCCGGGGGCUCAAUCUGGCCGAUGGCAGGUGGCAUCGAGUCGCCAUCAGUGUCCACAAGCAAACGGUCACCCUGGUUUUGGACUGUAAGAAGAAGAUCAGCAGAAAGCUGGACAGAAGCUCACACCCCGUCAUCGACACGGGGGGCAUUGUGGUGUUCGGAACCAGGAUACUCGAUGAAGAGGUCUUUGAGGGAGACAUUCAGCAACUCCUGAUCUCUGCGGACCACAGAGCUGCAUAUGACUACUGCGAGCAUUACAGCCCGGACUGUGGGCAGGCUGUCCCUGAGAGCCCACAGAACCAGGAGCCGAACCCUGAUGAUGACACCCCAGAGGAAGAUUCCUACUACUAUGAGUAUCCGUACUAUGACGACACGGAGGGAACGGCGACCGAGACCGACACUGACGCCGAGACAGAGACUGCACCCACUCCAGAAGAAGUGGCAGGAGCAGUGACCAAGGAGGAGACGGGUUCAAUUGCAGAGGACAUGGCAGAGCAGACUGACUCACACAGAGAGGAGACUGCCCCCUAUGAUGAUGAGACCUACAGGAAUUUUGAUCUGUACUAUGACGAGCCCACAGCAUCUCCAGAUACCAUCAGCAUGGCCCAGGAGACAGGGGGCGGAGUGGAGCUGGGGGUGGGCGUGACCCAGGAGACAGGGGGCGGAGUGGACCUGGCGGUGGGCGUUUUCCAGGGGCCAGGGGGCAGAGUUGACCUGGGCACAGGUGCUGACCUGGAGAAGAGGGCUGAUUAUGAUGACAGAUAUGGGGAGGGGUAUGACCCCCAGUAUGGUGAGGAAGACUACACAGAGGCACAUGCUCACAACUAUGGUGAUGUAGAUGACUUCAAGGAGGAGUCCAUCACAGACUAUGAUGAUACAGAAAUGAAGGAGAUUUAUGACUUUUACCCUGACUAUUCUGACAAGGAUGAGAAGGUGUUACCAGCACAGACAGACGAGCUGUAUGAAGAGAUCGACAGCCUGAGAGGAGAAAAGGGCCAAAAAGGAGAACCUGCUGUUAUUGAACCUGGGAUGCUGGUGGAGGGGCCCGCUGGCCCUGAAGGCCCCGCCGGUCUCCCUGGGCCCCGAGGAAAAGCAGGGCCCCCUGGCUCUCCUGGAGACCCUGGAGAGAGGGGUCCUGAUGGUGACCCAGGCUUGCCUGGUGCAGAUGGUCUACCAGGACCUCCAGGGACUGUCCUUAUGCUGCCUUUCCGCUUCAGUGCGGGAGGAGACGCUGGGCAGAAGGGGCCAGCCGUGUCAGCACAGGAGGCGCAGAUGCAGUCGAUGAUGCAGCAGGCCAGGCUGGCCAUGCGGGGUCCUACAGGCCCCAUGGGUCUGACAGGAAGGCCUGGACCUCUGGGACCUCCAGGCAUCGCCGGCCUAAAGGGGGUGCCAGGGGAGAGUGGAUCGCAGGGGUCCCGUGGCAUUAUGGGAUCUCCAGGACCUCCAGGGAAACCGGGAAGAAGGGGUCGAUCAGGUGCAGAUGGUGCCCGGGGUAUGCCAGGGCUGACAGGAGCCAAGGGUGACAGAGGAUUUGAUGGCUUGGCUGGAUUACCUGGUGAGAAGGGAAACAGAGGUGAACCUGGGCCACUCGGACCCUCGGGACCAGCAGGAGAGGAUGGUGAAAGGGGAGAUGACGGGGAGGUUGGGCCUCGAGGGCUGCCCGGUGAACCGGGGCCUCGCGGUUUGUUGGGGCCAAAAGGACCUCCUGGACCUCCUGGGGCCCCAGGUGUGACGGGAGUGGAUGGCCACCCUGGAUCCAAAGGAAACAUCGGGCCACAGGGGGAGCCUGGACCCCCGGGACAGCAGGGAGGCCCAGGAGCUCAGGGUCUCCCAGGGCCGCAGGGACCCACUGGUCCCCCAGGAGAAAAGGGUCCAACAGGGAAGCCAGGACUCCCCGGAAUGCCAGGAAUGGACGGACCCCCGGGUCAUCCAGGCAAGGAGGGACCUCCUGGUGAUAAGGGAAAUGUGGGCCCCGGUGGUCCUCAGGGUUCCAUCGGCUAUCCUGGCCCCAGAGGAGUCAAGGGGGCCGAUGGGGUGCGCGGCCUGAAGGGAAAUAAAGGCGAAAAGGGAGAAGAUGGAUUCCCUGGGUUCAAGGGGGAUAUGGGCAUCAAAGGAGACAGAGGGGAGAUGGGUCCCGCUGGGCCUCGUGGCGAGGACGGGCCAGAGGGACCAAAAGGGCGAUUAGGUCUCCCUGGAGACUCAGGUCUAAAUGGUCCACCAGGUGAAAAGGGAAAACUAGGUGUUCCAGGGCUACCUGGCUACCCUGGAAGACAAGGUCUAAAGGGGUCUCAGGGUUUCCAGGGCUUCCCAGGAGCUAACGGAGAGAAAGGAACUCGAGGGACAGCAGGGAAGGCUGGCCCUCGAGGGCAGAGGGGCCCCACGGGGCCCCGUGGGGAGAGGGGUCCAAGAGGUCCCACUGGAAAGUCAGGGCCGAAGGGUAACUCAGGAAAUGAUGGGCCCCCCGGACCACCGGGUGAAAGGGGUCUGCCAGGGCCCCAGGGGCCAAUAGGGUUUCCUGGAGCCAAAGGACCUCCGGGUCCAGCUGGGAAGGAUGGGCUGCCAGGGCACCCUGGACAAAGAGGAGAAACUGGUUUCCAAGGCAAAACUGGACCCCCUGGGCCUCCUGGAGUAGUGGGACCACAGGGCCCCACAGGUGAGACUGGACCAAUGGGAGAUCGGGGGCACCCUGGACCUCCGGGACCCCCUGGGGAGCAGGGUCUGCCUGGGCCUGCAGGGAAAGAGGGAGUCAAGGGUGACCCUGGUCCUGCUGGCCCAGCUGGGAAAGAUGGUCCUCCAGGGGCCAGAGGGUUUCCUGGGGAGAGAGGCCUGCCUGGUGCAGUUGGGGCACCUGGUCUGAAAGGAGGCGAGGGGCCGGGCGGACCCCCUGGACCAGCUGGGUCCCCUGGAGAGAGGGGACCAGCCGGCCCUGCCGGCCCCACAGGGCUUCCAGGCCGUCCCGGACCGCAGGGGCCCCCAGGCCCAUCUGGAGAGAAAGGAGGCCCGGGGGAGAAAGGACCUCAGGGCCCUGCAGGUAGAGAUGGCAUCCAGGGCCCUGUCGGCCUGCCAGGUCCUGCUGGCCCCGUGGGGCCCCCCGGAGAGGAUGGGGAUAAGGGUGAGAUUGGUGAGCCAGGGCAGAAGGGAAGCAAAGGGGAGAAAGGAGAACAUGGGCCUCCCGGUCCCCCUGGUCCCCAGGGUCCAGUCGGACAGCCUGGACCCGCUGGUGCUGAUGGAGAGCCAGGACCCCGGGGGCAGCAGGGUCUGUUUGGGCAGAAAGGAGAUGAAGGUCCUAGAGGAUUCCCGGGACUCCCUGGCCCAGUGGGCCUGCAGGGCUUGCCUGGAGCGUCGGGAGAGAAAGGAGAGACUGGCGAUGUCGGUCAGAUGGGCCCACCUGGCCCCCCUGGCCCUAGAGGACCGGCUGGCGCCUCAGGAGCCGACGGCCCCCAGGGGCCCCCAGGAGGCGUGGGGAACCCUGGCCCCGUGGGAGAGAAGGGAGAAGCUGGGGAGACCGGAGACCCUGGCCUUCCGGGGGACACCGGGCCACCAGGUCCACGAGGCGAGAGGGGAGAGAAAGGUGAGGCCGGUCCCCCUGGAGCUGCUGGGCCUCCCGGUCCUAAAGGUCCCCCUGGAGAUGAUGGUCCGAAAGGCAGUCCUGGCCCAAGUGGUUUCCCUGGUGACCCAGGCACCCCUGGAGAGCUUGGUAUGCCUGGUAUGGAGGGUGCCCCAGGAGACAAGGGAGAAGAUGGUGAGCCGGGUCAGCCUGGUUCUCCUGGCCCGACCGGAGAGUCUGGUCCCUCCGGCCCCCCAGGAAAGCAAGGUCCCCCUGGACCUGCUGGACCCGAGGGAAGACCAGGUGAAAAAGGUGCUAAGGGUGCGACAGGUCUCGAAGGUCCUCCAGGCAAGACUGGUCCAGUGGGCCCUCAGGGACCUCCUGGCAAACCCGGUUCUGAAGGCCUCAGAGGAAUCCCUGGCCCGAUUGGUGAACAAGGUCUCCCCGGAUCCCCCGGCCCAAAUGGACCUCCUGGACCAAUGGGUCCUCCAGGAUUACCUGGCAUGAAAGGGGACACUGGACUCAAAGGUGAAAAGGGCCACCCCGGCCUCAUUGGGCUGAUUGGACCCCCCGGUGAGCAGGGGGAGAAGGGUGACAGAGGUCUUCCAGGCCCCCAGGGGGCAGCAGGAUCCAAGGGCGAGCGUGGUAUCGCUGGUCCCACAGGUCCUCUGGGCCCCCUUGGACCCCCAGGCUUGCCGGGCCCAGCUGGUCCAAAAGGCGCCAAGGGCUCAUCGGGUCAGGCAGGUCCCAAGGGGGAAGCAGGCGUUCCCGGGCCACCAGGUCCUGCCGGCGCCCCCGGCGAGGUCAUCCACCCCCUCCCCAUCCAGUCCAUUCCAAAGAGGAGCAGGAGGAACAUUGACGGCAGUCAGCUGGACGACUCUGCCCUCGACAGCUACAAGGACUAUGAUGAUGGCAUGGAGGAGAUCUUUGGCUCCCUGAACUCGCUGAAGCAGGAGAUCGAGCAGCUGAAGCACCCGCUUGGCACAGAGGGCAACCCCGCCCGCACCUGCAAAGACCUGCAGCUGUGCCACCCCGAAUUCCCCGACGGGGAGUACUGGAUUGAUCCCAACCAGGGCUGCGCUCGUGACGCCUUUAAGGUGUUCUGCAACUUCACUUCAGGAGGAGAGAGCUGUAUCUACCCCGACAAGAAGUCAGAAGGAGUUAGACUCACCUCCUGGCCAAAGGAGAUUCCUGGCUCCUGGUUCACUGAAUUCAAACGUGGUAAACUGCUCACUUACGGAGACCUCGAGGGGAACCCCAUCAGCGUGGUCCAGAUGACCUUCCUGCGUCUGCUGAGUGCCUCGGCUCGCCAGAACUUCACCUACAUCUGCUACAACUCCGUGGCCUGGCACAAUGCCGAGCUGGACUCCUACGACAAGGCUGUCAGCUUCCUGGGUUCCAACGAUGAGGAGAUGUCCUAUGACAGCAGCCCCUACAUCCAGGCUGUGGUGGACAACUGCUCUAUGAAGAAGGGCUACGGAAGGACCGUUCUGGAGAUAAACACUCCGCGGGUUGAGCAGGUCCCGUAUGUGGACAUCAUGUUCAACGAUUUUGGUGAAGCAUCGCAGAAGUUCGGCUUUGAAGUGGGGCCUGUCUGCUUCACUGGCUGAAACAAGGCAAAAACUCAAAUGAACUAAAGCAAACAUUGCAACUGAAUGCAUCACAUCUAUGUACCACUGUGUUUCCAAAAGAGAACAGAGCAGAAAAAGAUAAAGAAUAACACAAUAUGGUAUUCAAACGUUAAGACGAACAACAUUAACCUCAGCACACGCUCUCUCUCCGUCACAUGCAGGUUUUGAAACUAGCUGGGUGAGCAGGAGGCUGCUUCUCCAAGCCGCACACUGCCCCCCACAAACACCCCGCCCUGCUUCCUACCCUGACACC